CUUCCUUGCUGGGAGUGUAGACUUCUUUUAGUGGGGUUCCCAAAGGAGGGGGCCCAGAAGAGCCUGGGGAGGAGGCAGGAACCACCAUCCUGCGCCAAAUACAUAGUGUGUGAGGCUCACCCCAGAAGCACACCCUCACCCAGGGGCCCCUCAGUUGUGCAGCCUCCCAGGUGUGCAAGAGAUGGAGAGCUCUGAGUGGAGACAGGUGUGCCCCCCAGCCUGAGUCACACAGCCCCUUUCCUGACAGCCUAACCAACCCAUGUCCCUCAGGUUGUUAAUGUUUGGCUUCCUUUGUUGAUUCUUAGCUCAGUGUUGUCCACUAGAACUUUCUAGCAUGACCUCAACAUUCUCUACCUCUAUCUGGGUUGCCUAAUUAACAGCCACUAGCCACACGUGCUGCUGAGAACUUGAACAUGGCUAGUGCAACUGAGAAAAUGAACUUUGAUGUUUUCAUUUAAUUCUGAUUAACAGCUGCAUGUGGUUAGUGGCUGUCAUUGGGCAGAGCCGCUCCAGAACUGCAUCUUCCCACAGCCUCCUCCCUAUUCUCCUGUGUUUUAUCAAAUACAUCCCAGGCCUCACCAUCACUUUAUCCCUGGGCAGAAUGGGGCAAGGCAGCAGUUUCUGGGUACAGGACGGAUCUGACCAACUCCCAGAGGGAGUCGCCUUGGCCGGCCUGUACUUCCUUCCAAUCUGGGGUCAUGGGCUGGACAAGAUCAGAGAAUGGUGGGAUCUUGAGAGGAAAGGACAUCAAAGGCAGCUGCUUCAGCCCUGGACAGGUGCUGCGGGGCCCACUCCACUGCUCUCUCUGCCUGAGAGCCUGGGCAUCCGUACUCACCCACCUCCCACGUUGUGUGUUGCCCUUGCCAGGAGCCAGGCCUGUUCCUUCUCUGGUUCAGAUGGGACAAGUUAGUCACUUUAGUGCUCCUGCCCUCCGGGAGUGUGCAUGCAGGAGGGAGAGGCCAGACAAAACAAUGGCGCUGUACAGAAAUAUGCCAGUUUGUACUUUGGGGAGUGCAAUGAGGGAGCAAAUAGGGGUUAAUGACAGAAAAGAAGGGGACUUCUUGGGAAGGGAUAACUAGAGGCGCCUCCUCUGAAGAGGGACCGGUUAAACCAAGAUGGGGGAAACUAGAAUAGGUAAAGUGUUGGGGGAGGGGUGGGAAUAUUCUGGAAGAAGGUACAGAAUGUGCAAAGGCCCUGGGGUAGGAACCUGGUACUCUGGAGGAACCAAGAAAAGGCCAGUGUAACUGGAAAAGAAGGGAGGCAGGUGCACAUGGUGCCAAGUAGGUCAGCAAUGCCUGGGCAUUCAGCAAACCUCAACGGGAAUUCUGGCACUGGUCUCGGAGCAACACACAGUAGCGGAGGGGCUUUACGUACUAUACCUUAAAACACCCCUCUGGCUGCAGGGGUCUAAAUGGCUGACUGAAGGGUAAGAAUGGAAACCCAGAGAGCCAUCAGGAAGCAGCGGCCUUGUCCAGGAAAGAAACAAAGGUGGCCUGGAUGAGGCGGGGGCCAACGGCAUGGAGAGAAAAAGGGUGUUAGAGGUAGAUGUGGAGGUGGAAUCCACAGCUGGACCAGGUCCUGGGUGUGCACGAGAGCAGGAGCAGGGGAAGGCUUCUGGCCAGAGUGCCUGGGUGGGAUGGCUGGGAGAGGAGCGUAUUUUGUAGGAACAGAUGGCGAGUUCUGUUUAGACAAACCAGGAAUGGGGUGGAGAGGUAGGGGACCCAGAGGAGCAGCCCGGGCUGGGGUUGUGCCUUUCAGAGUAGCCAACAUAGGUGAUUCUGAAAUCUUUGGGCAGUUCGAGGUUGAGAAGAGGAGGAAGAGGUGACAUCAUAGGUCCAGGAGUGGCUGAUAAGGAAGGACAAGCAGGGAAUGUGGCAUCCUAGAAGCCUAGAGAAAAAUGCAUUUCAGGGAGGGCUGUUGUGAGGAGGGUGAGCAAAACCAAAUGGCACAUGGAAUGCGGGGGAGGGUGACCAGGGGGUUUGCCCACAUCUAGCAAUAUCAAGCACCUUUCCCAGCUUUGAAAGGGUUGCUCUGGAAUUCCACUGCACUGCCUUGUCUUACCUACCUGAUGGAUGCCAGGUUCCAAGCAGAGUGCCAGGUACAACGUCAGGGGGACAAGAUAGUCACUUCCUUCUGGAGCAGAGAAUCCCCUAACCCACAGCCUCAGACAGGAAGUUCUUUCAAAUAGACAGAACCAAUCCUUUGAUUCAUUUAAAUGAUCAAAUUUUGCUGAGCAGCAUCUGCAUGCCCAGCCCCGUGCAGGGCAGGGGUGCCUAGAGAACCCCUGUGUUCAGGCUGUAACAGGAGGAGGCAUGCCAGGGAGAUCUGGGGACACUGGAAGACAGGUACCAGCCCAGGCUGGGGAGGGUUGGGUGACAGAGGGGAUACCUGAGCUGCUCUCCAGGAAUGAAUGGGAAGUGGCCAGGGAAGAAGAGGACAGGAAGUUCCAGGCACAGAGCAUGAAGGUAGGAGCCACAGUAACAGGAGCGUGUGGGGGAUGGUAAGCCUUGGGGUCCGCUCAGGAGACUUGGGUGGCAGGAGGUGCUGGGGGCUUCCAGAGGCUGGGGAGGGCCGCGCUGGCUCAUGGCAAAGCAAAGGCACACAGUUGGAUCUGUGUGGCAACUUGCUCUCUGGCUGCUGGUUGAGGGAAGAAUUUAGAGGGAUGACUGCCGAGGAGAGGCGGCUGCCUACCCCAGGGGAGCAGCGCAGCCCAGGGUCAGGAGGUCUUCUCCUGACUGUGCUUCUGGCUUGGUCACUGUGACAUCUUGGGUGAGUCACUUACAGUCCCCAAGCCUCAGAUCCCUCCUCUUCCAAGGGAGGCCCCCACCACCACCCUCAGAGCUUACUUACAGCACAGGGCGGAGCUCGGGGCUCAGGUUUCAGGUCGUGCUCCAUCGGCAGUGGCAGUGAGUGCUGUGGUUACCAGCAGGCCGGGAGCUCAGAGAGAUGGUUAGGAGGAAGAGUUUCAGCCUUUGGUCAUCCGCUGGACAUGGUCUUCUGGUCCUGAACUGCUCAUCCUGGCCUCGUGCCUGGCAGAUGGCAGAGUGAGGGAGGUAGAGGCAACCAGCUAGCUGCCUUCAGUCUGGGCCCAACCCCACUUCUGGGCUGCUCUCCCCAGAACCACUGCUGUGUGCCUGCGUGCCUGCGUGCGUGCGUGCACUUGUGUUCUUAGGAAAAGGAGCAUCUGAGAAAACAGAUUCUGUUCCUCAGUCCUGGGGCUCAUGACCUUGGCUUUGUGCUAACUUCCUCCUAAUGCAAUAAGUGAGCUGGACUGGAGGACCAGUCAUCCUUUGGGCGAGGCUCAGCAGGUCUGAGUUUUAGUCCUGGCUCUGUCAUGAAUGAUUCAUGAUCCUCCCCGCUCCCCAAAUCCCCCCACCCUCUGCCUCCGAACUCAAUCCCCCCCUCCAUAAAAUGGGGUGGCACAAAUGGUGCCAGUCUCUCCAGCUCUGCAUCAGUGGUCAGCACUAGUGCAUGUCUUGUCCUGGAUGGAGGGAGACCCUUGGAGGGGCCUAAGGCCGCAGCCUCCCAGCCCUUUGCAGGACCCACCUGCAGAGCUCCCAAUAGCCCUCCCUCAUUUGGUGCAGUCCAGCCCUGAGCUGGGGAGAGCUCUGUGGGCUGCAUGAACCCACAGCGGACCCCUAACACCUCUCCCUUGUUUCUUUCAUCUCCAGUCUCCCACCGGCAAAGCAGGAAUAGACUUUCCUGGCUAAGUUAGAUGGACAGUCCUGAUUAGCCUGGCGGGCUGCCCACCUCCUGCCUUCCCACCUUUCCUCUGGUCCAGGGAGGUGCCAGGGAGGCUGGGGGGCCAGGGCUUUUGGGUGGGGGUUGGGAGUACCCAGCCCCUGGAGCAGGAAUGGUGCCCCCGGGUAAGAAACCGGCCGGUGAGGCCUCCAAUUCCAACAAGAAGUGCAAGCGCUACUUCAACGAGCACUGGAAAGAGGAGUUUACCUGGCUGGACUUUGACUACGAGCGGAAGCUGAUGUUUUGCCUCGAGUGCCGCCAGGCCCUGGUUCGGAACAAGCAUGGCAAAGCUGAGAACGCCUUCACUGUGGGCACUGACAACUUCCAGCGCCACGCCCUGCUGCGCCAUGUGACCUCGGGGGCACACCGCCAGGCCCUGGCUGUCAACAGGGGCCAGCCCACGUUCGAGAGCCAGGCCGAGGGAGGAGCAGCCUAUCCGGGGCUGGCGACCACCCCCACCCCCAGGGGCAUCAAGGUGGAGGUGGACCCGGCAAAAGUGGCUGUGCUGACCACCGUGUACUGCAUGGCCAAGGAGGACAUGCCCGAUGACCGCUGCUCUGCCCUGCUGGAGCUGCAGAGGUUCAAUCUGUGCCAGGCGCUGCUGGGCACGGAGCACGGUGACUACUACAGCCCCAGGAGAGUGAAGGACAUGCAGGUGGCUAUUGCCAGUGUCUUGCACACAGAGGCCUGCCAACGCCUGAAGGCAUCCCCAUAUGUGGGGCUGGUACUGGAUGAGACCAGGGACUGGCCUGAGUCCCACAGUCUGGCCUUGUUUGCCACUUCGGUGUCCCCGUGCGAUGGGCAGCCAGUCACCACCUUCCUGGGCAGUGUGGAGCUCCAGGAGGGCGAAGCCACUGCUGGCCAACUCCUGGACAUCCUGCAGGCCUUUGGUGUGUCGGCACCCAAGCUGGCCUGGCUCAACUCCAGCCUCCCCAGUGACCGCCUAGGGAGUUUGGGCCUGCAGCUCCAGGCCACCUGCCCGCUGCUCACUGAACUACAUUGCCUUCCUGGCCGGACAAAUCCAGCACCCCCUGCCUACCUUGGUGAAUAUGAAAGUGUACUGGAUGCCCUAUUCCGCCUUCACGGUGGACCCAGCUCCCACAUGGUCCCUGAGCUCCGGGAGGCACUGGACCUUGCAGCUAUUGACUUGACAGGACCACGGCCAGUCCCCUGGGCUUCCCUGCUGCCUGUGGUGGAAGCAGUGGCCCAGGUUUGGCCUUGCCUGGUGCCCACACUGGAAGCCUCUGCCCCAGCCUCACCUACAACUAGGGCACUGGCCCUUGCCCUACGCCAGUUUACCUUCGUGGCCUUCACCUACCUGCUGCUGGAUGCUUUGCCCUUGGUGCAGAAGCUCGCCCUCCUCCUGCAGUCGGAAGAACCAGACUUGGGCUUGCUGCAGCCCCUGGUAAUGGCAGCUGCCGCCUCCCUUCAAACGCAGCGCAGCUCUGGUGGGGCCCGCCUUCAGGGUUUCCUGCAGGAACUGGCAUCCUCUGGUAAGGACAAUGAGGGCAGUGGGCACUGCACCUACCGCGGCGUGGAGCUGGUCGGCUACUCCGAGGCUGCGGCCCGGGGUUUGGAGCGGCUACGGGGCACGUUCCUGGACUCCAUGCAAAGGGGGCUGCGGGACUCCUAUCCCGGGCCUUCGCUAGACGCCAUAGCCGCCUUCGCAACCAUCUUCGACGCCCGCCGCUACCCGCAGGCGCCUGAGGAGCUGGGCGCGCACGGCGAGGGGGCGCUGCGCAUCCUGCUGCGCGCUUUCGCCCAGGCGGUGGAGCGCCCGCGGGCGCUGGGCGACUUCGCCCUCUUCAAGCGCGUGGUGUGCAGCCUCGGGCGGCUCGGCCCGCGCGCCCUGUGCGCCAAGUUGGCAUGCACGCAUUCGGAGCUACACGAGCUCUUCCCUGACUUCGCCGUCCUCGCCAACCUGGCUUUGGCGCUGCCAACGGGCGCCAGCCUUCUGGACAAGGUGGGCCGCAGCCGGGAGCUGCGGUGGUGGGGCCAGAGCAGGGCCGGGGAAGGCCGGGGCGGCCCCGCGGUGAAGAUCGCUGUGGAUGGACCCCCGCUGCACGAAUUUGACUUUGCACUGGCGGUGGAGUUCUUAGAGAGCAGGUGGGGGGAGCGACUCCUGGGGUCACAACUCAAUUGAGGGCCACCUGCUCUGGUGCAGCCAGCUUGGGGCUCUGGGCUCUCUCAGGGCCAAGGAGGGCCUGACUGCUGUUCCCAAGCAGACCUACUAACUGUGGCUUCCCACCCACCUGUGGGGCUGCAAACUAACCCAGCCCCUUGGUGGUUGCAGAGGCACUGGCUCAAAGGGGUAUGGGCUAGUGGGCAGAGAAGCUAGGGCCUGGGGCACCCUAAAUAUCACUCCUGAUCUUUCCGGAAUUUAAGGAGAAAUCACUUACCCAUUUUCCACUGGUUUUGGCCCUAGAAAAGUUGGGGGUCUUGGUUGGUGGGUGCAGAAGACAAGGUCUUGGGAAUUGAGGGGUUGAGGGAAAGAAUGGAGCCUUGACUUAACCCCCUCCUGGCAGUGCCUCUUCCCAUAAGUUAGGGGUGGAGAGCAGAUCACCAUCUGAGUUUCUGACACUCAGCUCAGCACCCUCUCUGUGCACAGCUGAACAGUUCCAGGGAAACAGCGGUGCACAACCUGCCCCACCAUAGGCUGCCUGAGACUGUAUAUGACCGUGUAUAUAGACGUAUAAGGCUAUGAAUGUAAAAUAAACCUACCCUUUCUUAGAGUUAACACAAAAAUCUAAAAGGACUUUUGGUUUUGCAAUGACAGGGUCCAAAAAAGUCCCAAAUGGACUUGAUUUAUUUCUAAUUUUUUUCUUCCUCCAAGCCUGGUUCCUCCUCGAGUUCCUAGCCCUUCCUUGCCUCACCUCAGACCUUUAAGACCAAAGACUGUCCAACCACAGAGCUGUGCUGGCCUCAGGAGAGCCUAGGGCCUCACCAGAGCUGGGGGGAAUGUCCUUUCAGACUCCAUCAGGUUUCCCAUGCCUUCUGUCAACUCUGCAGCCGCCAUGAAUGUGAGGGGAUCUGGAGGAGGGUGGUUAGUGAGAGGGGAGGGGCCUGACCCUUUCCCAGGCCUCCUGGGAUUGGGGCUAAUUUGCAAUAAAGUGAAA